UACUCCGCUUGAAGCGACCAAAGGUAGACGGCGGCUUUUAGGGUACUGCAUGCGCCAUGGCGGAUGCAGAAGAGGAGGAGAUCACGCACCCUGCGCAGUUCUGGGAGGGCAAACCUGAGAAGAUGAUCACCUUGCGGCUGGUCAUGGAGAAGUCCCUCACGCAGGCGGAGCUCACGGAGUACGACGCGCUGGAGGAGGACGCGGCGCUGGAGCGGGUGAGGCGCUUGAAAUCGAUUCACCUCCACUGGCUGGGGCUCUCCGAGAUCAAUGGCCUAGAGCCAUUCGAGCAGGCAGAGGUCCUGUAUCUCCAGGCGAACCGUCUCCGCCGCAUCGAGAAUCUGGAUUGGUUGCCGAGGCUACAGUUCUUGGCCUUGCAGUGCAACCGGAUUGCGGUGGUGGAGAACUUGACCGAACUGCGGCAGCUGCAAUUCCUGGACCUGUCUCGGAACCAGAUUGCGGAUUUCGAUGCUCGGGAGCUGCCGCGGAGUAUCGACACUUUGAACCUGCUGGGAAAUGCCUGUGUGGCUGUGGAGGGUUAUCGGGAAAAGCUGGUGGCGCACUUGCCAAAUCUUGCCCAGCUGGACGACGAUGCGGUGGCUGACAGCCCCUCCCACGAGGUCGUCACGGAGCCGCUGGAAGGGCCAGCGCCGGGGGGCCUGGGGGCCUACUGGAUGCGGAAAGAUCUUCAUGCCGGCGUGACGGCUGACAUGAAGGAUCUCAUCGAGGCAUACUCCAUCGAGGCUCUGUCCACCUCGGAGUUCAGUCAGAAGGUGGCGGACGCCACGGCGCGCUCGCGCGCCCGGCGGGAGGCGACGCCGCUGCCGGCGCCCAUGGCGUCCAACAGCGACUGAGGCGGUGACUGUGUACAUAGAUCGCAUGCUCAGGAUCCGGAUGAAUAACCCAGACAUUCGCCGAGUUUAAGGACUCUGCCGUUGGGUCGGGGUUGGAAUUCAGGUGGCGGCUG